AUGGAUAGUAAACCAGAAAUCAUUACCGGCGAGACUCAACGAGGAUCCGCUCCCAGCGGCAAGAAACCCCAACGAAAAGGCGCGAAGAACCGAAAAUUCGAGAAGUUCCGCACCAAGAAGAACCAAGAGUUUCAGGUCCAGCUAACCGCGUCAUUACUCAAGCGGUUGCAUGUGUCGGACCCAACUACAGUCAGCGCCAUCAAGUUACGCUCUAGUGUGGCACCGGCGGCCGUUCCUAUCACCUUUCGGGCUUUGCCCAGAUUCGUCAGCGCAUUAUGGCGCCGUAUGGUAUCUAUUGGGACACGACCAUUCAGCCAAUUAGUGAACGAAGUCAUGAUGCUUGCAGAGGCUAAAGUUGCCUGUGCACAAAUGAAAUGCACUAAUCCACCCAGCAUAUGCCCUUUAAACGACAAUGUAGUUCCAAAAGAAGCAACUUCAACAAACGCAGCAUCUGAAAGUUGUACUUCAAAACUUGAACUCACAGUAGACGACAUUUUAAAAACACCCAAAGCUUUAGGACGUCCAGAGAGGUCAAGAAAAAGAGACUCUAGUGCGAAAUGCUUAACACUGACUAAUGAAAAUGUUAUGCAAGAAGAGCUUCAGUCUCAGCCUUCCACUUCGAGUAAAUCUGCAUCUAAAACAAAAAAAAGUAAAGAAGAAGAUGAUUGGGAGUGUGGCUUAUGUGAAGUCUUAUACUCAACAUAUUUGACUAUAUUCACAGUUUCCAAAAUAUCACUAUAUUUCCUAUCUACUAUCACCAAUCUACCGGACUAUGUCGCCAACUUACCUUAG